UGGCGACGGACGUCUCGCGUCGCUCCGUACUCCGUGCUGUCGAUUCGUACUUCCCAUUCUCGGAAUAUCUUAACAACGCGAUUACUUUUCGUACGUUUUGUUUUUGAAGUGAUUUGUUGUGGUUUUAAGUGGAUCAUUAUGCCUUAGGUAACAAACGGGCCGUUUGAUGACCGAACGUUUUUCCAAAAAGUGAAGCUUUGUGUGUGCUAAACGUAGGGAUGAAUCAAGAUAGAACUGAAUGAGGAGAAGAAACCGUUGGUGGAAACUACCAAAAAUGUCAUAUGAAUCCGAAAAAUUCAAAUAGACAAAUUGAAUUCACAUGUAGUAAAUAAUAAACUGCAUGUCUAGUCAAUAACAACAAUUUUGACCUUGACGACAACGCAUAAAUUGCUAAAGCAAUGCAAAAGAAAUUAAGUUAAAUGAAAUCAGUAUUCUAACUUGAUUUAAAUACCAUUUAUGAAGUUUUAGUGUCAGUGAGUGAAGUGUGAGUGAGUAAUGAUGACGUCAUAUACGGAGCACUUCAAUGACUCAGUGGUGAAGGCAGUGGAUGAAGGGUUCCCCCUUCUCAUGCCGAGGUGGGGGUACGUGGUGUCAGCGUUCGUGCUGUUCCUGAUCGGAUUCUUCGGGUUCUUCCUGAAUCUAAUGGUGAUAUUACUCAUGUUUAAGGAUCGACAGUUAUGGACACCGCUCAACAUAAUAUUAUUCAACCUGGUGUUCUCCGACUUCUCAGUGUCAGUGCUGGGGAAUCCCUUCACACUCAUAUCAGCACUGUUCCAUCGAUGGAUCUUCGGGAAGACCAUGUGUGUUCUCUACGGGUUUUUCAUGGCUUUAUUAGGAAUAACUUCAAUAACAACAUUAACAGUGAUAUCGUUCGAGAGGUACAUGAUGGUGACGAGGCCUCUGAACGCGAAGCACCUCAGUUCGAAAGGAGCCAUCAUGUCUAUAGUGUUCAUAUGGACGUACUCCCUGGCGUUAACCACACCACCGCUGAUGGGAUGGGGACACUAUGUCAAUGAGGCUGCUAAUAUCAGUUGCUCAGUGAACUGGCACGAGCAGUCGAUGAACACCCUGACGUACAUCAUGUUCCUGUUCGCGAUGGGGGAGAUAGUGCCGCUGGCCGUCAUCACCUUCAGCUACGUCAACAUCAUCAGGACGCUCAAGAGGAAUUCCCAGCGACUGGGCCGUGUGUCCCGAGCGGAGACCAAAGCCACGGCGAUGGUGUUCAUCAUGAUUGUGUCCUUCACCGUGGCGUGGACACCCUACUCCGUCUUCGCAUUGUUAGAACAAUUUGCUACAGAAGGAAUUGUGUCACCAGGAGCUGGAGUAAUACCAGCUUUGGUUGCAAAAAGUUCAAUAUGCUACGAUCCACUUAUAUACGUCGGUAUGAAUACUCAAUUUCGAAACUCAAUAAAGAGGGUCUUCGGAGUCCACUCUAAAGGCAAGAACUCACACGCGGAAAAAGCGUACAACAACACUCUGACGUCACCAGCCAAUAAACUAUCGAGUGUCAACACCCGGCUUAAUUGCUCAGAAACAAAUCUAUCAAGUCACCACAAAAAUUCCAAGGGCAAGAAAAUUAUGUUCAACGACGAUAUAUCAGAGAUGACAACUAACGAAUACCACCGGACUUUCACGAGGGAUCCCGAUCUCUGUACCAUACCAGAAAGCAAGAACUCCGAUGCUGAACGAUCAGGAGACACGAUAUAUGAUGAAGACAGUAGCAAUACAGGUAGUAAUGUUAAAAAACUAGACUUAUUUGGAGAAUCUUGCAAAGUUAUCAAUGAAAGAUCACCAGUCUUGACUUUCAUGGACUCUGAUCGUCUGCUAUUCACCAAAGCUCCUGAAGAAGAAAUUACGGAUUCAAAUAAAACCAACGCUUUUGGUAAAGAAACACACGAAGAUCACACUACAGACAAAAACAUUUACAAAACCGAAAAUGAACUUCAAAGCGCAGAAAAGCAAAAGAGAAUAAGACAGAGCUAUUCCCUCGACUUCCCUCGCCUUUCAAAUGAUAAUAAGAAGAGAAAACUGUCAAUAGAAACGAAAUUCGAAAGUAUUCAACCGAAAGGGUUUUUUAAAGAGACAAUUAAUAAGUUGUUUGACCAGGAUUCGAAGCAAGGACAGGAUAGCUUCAAGAGCUAUUUGUGUGAGACCAAAGAAGAAGUAGUUCAGGACCUCUUGUAGUCGUAAAAUGGAGUCAAUCUAGUGGGAUCAAUGUCAAAUUAUUAGGAAAUAUCGAUAUAUUGAGGACUGUUUAAUAUAAAAAAGGAUGUAAUUGUCACGACUGUGGGAAACUGAAGUUUCUCAAAGAAUUAUAAAUAGAGUUUGACUUUUGAAUGCCUAAUGUAAUGUUAAA